UUGGCGCGGGACUUCUACACAAGUAAGACGUCUAAAACCUGCGUGCUGUUGUUGCUCCUGCUCCAGUGUCAGUAAUAUCGAUUUUAUUAACUUAAAUACAAGGCGCCAACAUGUGGAAUCAGGGAGGGUACAGUGAGUCCAGUAUGGUCGGGGGUUACACUCAGUCUCCAGGAGGCUUUGCAUCUCCUGCUUUAUCCCAGGGAGGAGAGAAGAAAGGGAGAACCCGUGCGACACAAAUAAUCCCCUGCACAGUGUCUCAGCUCAUGUCUGCUUCCCAGGCUGAUGAGACCUUCAAAGUAGGAGAUGUGGAAGUUGCCCAGGUUACCAUUGUGGGUGUCAUCAGGAGCACAGACAAAUCCAUGACCAAUAUCCAGUACAAGGUCGAUGACAUGACAGGUGCUCCCAUGGACGUGAAGCAGUGGGUAGACACAGAGGACCCCAGUGUUGACAGCACUGUCCUGCCCCCAGGCACGUAUGUCAAAGUUUCCGGCAAUCUGCGCUCCUUUCAGAACCACAGGUCUGUCGUGGCGUUCAGCGUCAGACCCCUGGAGGAUAUGAACGAAAUCACCUCACAUAUGCUGGAGGUGGUCCAAGCGCACAUGGUGCUCAGCAAACCUCAGAGCAUGAUGGGGACUGAAGGGGGAAUGAGCAGUAACGCCACACCCAUGUCACGGCCGGGCAUGGGGAGCAUGGGGGGGGUGACAGGGGGCUAUGCAGGUGCUAACGACAUGGCUAACAAUGGGUUAAGUGGAAACCAGAAUCAGGUGCUGAGUUUGAUAAGAAGCUGUCCAGAUGCACAGGGCAUCAGCAUUCAGGACCUGAAGCAGAGACUCAGUGGCAUGAGUCUGGCUGUUAUCAAGCAAGCAGUGGAAUUUCUAAGCAACGAAGGUCACAUCUUUUCCACCAUUGACGAAGAUCACUUCAAAUCAACAGACAACGACGAUUAGACACUCGACCUUCCCAGCACCAGUGGGGAUACUUAUUUGAAUUUAAACUGACCUAAAUCAUAAGUAUAGGGUUUAUAACUCAAAGGUGUCAACUAAAUCGCAACCUUUCUGAACUCUGAUCUAUUCAGUGCCUCAGAAUUGAGAGAAAUCCUGUGAGUCCUCCGUUUAGUUCAAAAGCACAUUGUUUAUAUUCGAUGACUCUGUAGAUUUACACAUCCUUUAAUCCCGGGUUUGCUUCUGCUUUUUUCUAAGUCCUAAGUGUUGCUACUAAAGCUGUUAGCAGGUAAUACUAUUUUUCUGUAUCCCCCCCUUCCACUGUAUAUCAUUUUGUAAUUUUAAAUAUUGGAAGCAAAAGUACUGGAUUUAUUUUUGUCUAUGUAACUUACUUUUGACAAAAUUAAAAGAUAAUUCAAAAUACAGUUUGGUUGGCUAACAGUAACUCUUUUGUUUCAUAAUUUAUAACAUUAUGAAAUGCUUAUGAAAUUAUAUUUUUCCAACAAAAUAAAGGUAAUUCUUAAUAUUAUAGUCUGUACGGUUCACUUUUCCACAUUUUGUUGCAUUAAACCUCCAUUUCAAACAACCACUCCCUUCAAUCAUCACACAGCUCCAUGAUGAACAAGCCAUUUUUGCAAAUUUAUUCAGAUUUAAAUACAACAACAAUUCAUUUACAUAUGUAUUCUCAUAUUUAGCCAUGCCACAACAAACUGAAUUUUGCAUCUUAUGCUUUAGAUGUUUGUCUUUACUUGACUCCAGGUGAGUCCAUCUGUGUCAAAUUCAGUUGACUGGGCAUGAUGCAGAAAUAUAGACCAACACAUCUGUCUGAAAGACAUGACAAAAUUUGAAUAAAGGAAGUAGGUCUGAGUACAUUCUGAACUUUAAGAGAUGUCUUUGGUACAAAAUCCACGUACAGACAAGUUAAGCUACGGUGUCCUUGUAAGAUAGUACACAAAAUGAACUCGUAUAUUAUGUUGUAUAUUAUCUCUUUGGCAGGAAGCUUUUCACAUUCAUUACUCAACAAGUUUCAAAACUUAUAUACAUUUUUUUGGGAACAUGUUCCCAGUCCACAGUAUAUAACUGAAAUGAGAAUACUUCUAUCAUGGAAUCUUCAAUGAAAUAAAUAAAAACAGCAUUUGACAUAAUGUGCAGCACCCUUUUGUACUCUCAGGUCAUUAGUUUGAUGUGGUGGGAGACAACGUUUCUGUUACUGCUUGCAAUAGAAUGCAUGACGACGUGAGAAGCAGCAGAGUCUCCUUUUUGUCGCCACUGUGGUUAACUGUUGCCUCCCAGCAAGGACUGACUAUUAGCUGUUUCUGUUUAGAGUUUGCAUAUAUACACGGAAGGAGUUUGACAUAUACAUUAAAUGCUUAUACAAUAAAAAAGUAACCCAUUA